AUGCCUUCCCCCUCAGACUCCAGCAGCGUGGCUUCGGCCUCGGGUUCCCGGGGAUGGUCAGACAGCCGGCGGGGCAUGUCGGGCAGGGGGCAGGGGGGGGCACGGCUCCUGCUGUACCUGGGCCUGUGCCACCUGGGCCUCGGGGCCAUGGUGCUGGCCUUCUCCUUCACCAGCAUGGCGUUCACGUCCUCAGCACGCGUGCGACAGUCCUGUCCCUUCUGGGCCGGCUUCUUUGUCGUGGCUUCGGGGGUCGUGGGAAUCAUCUCGUGGAGAAGACCCCUCACUCUGGUGGUAUCUUUGUUCAUGCUGCUGUCUGCAGUGUGUGUCAUCCUCAGUCUGGCUGGCUCCAUGCUCUCAUGUCAGAACGCACAGAUGGUCAAGUCCAUGCUCACCUGCCAGGUGGAGAAUGGCCUGUGUGUGUGCUGCGCACCGACCCACUCCUGCUCCAUCACCGAGGAGGACACCCUGGUGCUCUACCUGAACGCUGACUGCCACUCGGUCAGACACCAGCUCAAGGACCUGCUGUUCAGCGCGUGUGGGCUGAGCAUCCUCUCCACCAUCAUCUGCACCCUGUCCACCGUGACGUGCAGCAUCCACAUCUUCUCCCUGGACCUCGUGCACCUGCUUGCACCUCAUCGCACUCGCUCCGUCAACCCAGAAUGCACCACUCCCCAGGAUGCCUUCCUCACCAACAUCAUGGACUUUGAGGAGUUUGUCCCGCCCAUUCCCCCCCCCCCCUACUACCCCCCGGAGUACACCUGCAGCUCAGAAACAGACGCUCAGAGUAUCACCUAUAAUGGCUCAAUGGAGAGCCCCGUUCCUCUCUAUCCCACCGACUGUCCCCCGCCAUACGAAGCUGUGAUGGGACAGAGGGCGGCAAGCCAGGCAACAGUGUUCGACACCCAUGGCACUGAGCUGUCUGGGGAGAGAGUCACGUCCACUGCCUUCAGCGGAGAAGUGUCACUGGACAGUGGGUCUCUGCUGAUGUCGGAGAUCGUGGACAUCCCUGACGACUCCUCCCCCUCGGAGGACUCGUGUCUGAUGGAGAUUGGGAUGAGGAGCCAGGGGGGGAGGAGCUACAGCACCGGAGGUGAGGGGGGUCGGGGUGCGGGGGAGGCGUCAGAGUACGUCAGCUUCCGCGGGCCGCCGACUGUGACACCAGAGAGCCCUCUGGCGGGGGGGCCGCGGGCCAGGCGGUUCUUCAGGGGGGAGAGGUCCAACUCCUGCUCCUCCCCAAGUACAGCUACCCCCACGUAUAGGUCUCCGUUAUUGCGACGCCAGGCCAUUCUAGCCAGUAGUUGCUCACAGCUGGAAGUGCUAUCAGCCGCCAGCUCUAAACAGCACUCCUCCAUCCCAGAGAUCAGGCUGGGACCAUCCUCACAGUUGUCCCAAGGGUCUGCUUCAGUCUCCUCAGCUCUGCCCAACAAGUCCUCCAUCUCCCCUGGGGAGAGGCAGCCCGGGGGGCUGGCUCUGCCCCUCCAGCACCUGUUCCUGCGACGGAGGGGUGGGAAGGGGAAGCAAGAUGCAGCGGCGGGCCGAGAGAGACUCAGCGAUGGGCUCCUGUCUCCCUUAGUCAGGUCUCAUAGUGACCCUGGUCUCAGCAGCUCCAACAGUACAGUUGACUUUAUCGGCUCCGAGGGCAGUAAGGAGGGCUCACAGAUGUCCACGGACAUAGGGCCGUCCUCUGAGGCCUUCCUUUUGGGACACCCUACUUCCCCCCCUGAAGGAACCCUGCCCAGCAAGGGCAGCCUAAAGGAGGCCGCCACAGGGUCCCCACUGCCCCCCAAAAAAACCACCUCACCGCUGCACUUACCUAAAGAUUACCACCGAUCCCUAGGAGACCUCAAGGUGACCCGUGUCCUGGUGGCUCGGUUUCUCCAGCGCUCCAGGAGGAACCUGGCGCCCUCUUCUGAUCAUACGUGCGGCCCAGGCAGCCAGGGGACCAAGAGGAGGGCUGGGGCGGAGGGCCCCCCGUCCACCCACCUCCCCCUGGAGCAGGUGAUAAGAAGCUCCUUUGGCUCCAGCCGAGGUUCUUCCAACCCCAACCCCCACAAUCCCCAUCACCGUGGACACAGCCAUUCCCACAGUGACAGCCGACACAACCGCCGCGACAGCAUCCAGGCCCCGGCGUCAAUGGGGAUCCACCUGCGGAGCUGCGGGGACCUGAGCUCCUCGUCCUCCCUGCGACGACUGGUCUCGCCUCAUGCACCGCACGGCUCGUCUGGAGCACUCUACUCAGAAUCUGCCCUGUGAGGGAGGAGGAGAAGACGGGGGGUGGGUGGGGGGGGCUAGCGACAAGCAGACAAAACCAGUGUUUGAUAUCAAAGAAUUGAGGCAGGAGAAAAACACCUCCUGUUUAAUGACACAGUAUAGGAUGAGGGGGCGAGGGGCAGAUUAUUUAGCAGGUCAGCUGAAGACAUUUGGCCCUCUGAUUCUCUCAACCAUCUCUGCAAAUGGCCUUAUUCAAUGGUGCUCCAUCGCACCCUCACUGAACACUGCAGAAGAGGUAGGUCUCUCAGCAGUAGCUGAAGGAGACCCCCAGAUGCCUCUUGCUUAAUACGGCUCUGCUCCAUGUGGAUAUUAAAGAUGAUUAAAAACCCAUCACCAUCCCCCAAGAGCAAUAUAGCACGACUAAACCGUCUCCACCUUUGUACGCAGAAAAUAUCAAGACUAUACUUCAUGAAGGAAAAGCCUCUGUAAACUCUCUACCCCCCCCAACAACCACAUACAGUGGGUUGCUUAUUAUGGGCUGCAGUAUGCAGCUGGCCCCUUUUGUACAUUUCUACUUAUCCAGAGAUGCUCUCAGGUUAGGUUAUCAUGUCAUCCCUCCUUAAUUUGUCUUCCAUCGGAACAAAAGAAAUGUAUCCUCGUGCACUACCCUAUCCAUACUUUGUUCCCCCGCUUCACAAUGCAAGUACUGCAGAAAAAACACUUCAAAUGCGACUGGAUGCUCAGCUGAUUACUGUUUGCUACUUUUCCUUUUCUAAUAAUUUCACAAUCUCCACAGGAAUUCCAGACAAACCAGCCAUCUGUUAAAACAUUAUGUGUGCUCAUUCCACCACAUUAGUAACAGGCAGUGAAACAGAAUUUCCUUCCGGAAGGCUUCUGGAUGCAAUGUUUUUAUUUAAAUAUAUGCAUGUUUUUUUGCCUUCAAAAUGCAGCAGGGAACGUGUGCAUUGUUAACAUCAAGAGCAACUGCAACAAUUAAUUUUCCUCUGAAUGUCUAUCUGCAUGUUUUGACAAUUACUCUUACUUUCUCUAUCUUGCACCCAAAGUCUUUGAUUAUAUCCAGAAUAGCGUGGUGGUACAAUUAAGUGAACUUAAGUGUCUGAGUUGAAGGAGCCUAAAGGAAUUAAUCUCAUUUUGUGACAAAGGGGGUCAGGCAGCAGCUGCAUCCAUGGGUCAAUUAAAUACUGACCUUUUUGGACAAAGACACAUAUAUAUAUAUUAUAUAUAUA